AUGAGCGACAGCAGCGAGUGGCUAGCCAAGCAGAUCGACUUGACGGCUUUGGAUGAGAGAGACCGGCGGCUGAGUCUGCAGGAGGCGGAGGUGAUGAAGCAGCUGGAGCAUCCAUCUGUGGUCCGGUGCGUCGAGUCCUUCGUCCACCAGGACAUGUUUCUGGUGAUUGUCAUGGAGUUCUGCGAGCGCGGCGACCUGGCGGCGCUGCUCGUCGAGCACAAGAAACGCGCCGAAUUCGUCGAGGAGGCAUUGGCGGUCAAAUGGCUUCUGCAGCUCACCGAGGGUCUGCGGUACAUACACUCGAAGCGGAUUCUCCACCGGGACUUGAAACCGAGCAACAUCUUGUUGGACAACUGCGAAAACGUGAAGAUAGGAGACUUUGGCAUCAGCCGCGUGAUGACCACGACGCUCGCCCUCGCCCACACGGCAGUCGGCACGCCCCAGUAUAUGUCCCCGGAGAUGUGUGAAAACAAGCCGUACACGUACAAAAGCGACAUUUGGGCUCUCGGCUGCGUCCUCUUUGAGUUGUGCGCCCUCUCCAGCGCCUUCGAAGGCGACUCCUUCCUCGCCCUCGUCUGGAACAUUGCCUUCAAACCCGUCGCGCCUCUGCCGCCGCACUACUCCCCACAGCUCGCUCACAUCAUCCACGCAAUGCUGGAGAAAGAUCCCCACAAACGCCCUGCAGCGACCGCCCUUCUCGCUCACCCCUUUCUCCUCUCUUUCCAACAGAAACAAGCCCCGCAGGAAGGCGGAGGCCAGUCAGGCGGAGACGCCCAGCUGCAGGCCAGGACCGGCGACGGCUCGCCUGUCUCGCGCGCGGCUGCCAGCGGAGACCACCGUCGGCGCGACACGGAAGCGAGGGCGAACGGCCACGAAGACAAAGAGCACGAUGCGGGACGCCGGAAGGAAAGCGACUGCGCCGAGGGGAGAGAAGAGGAAGCACGCGACAAACCAGGAGACAGGGGGCGCGAGACGUCGCUCGCGCCUCAGGGGGAGACUAGGAAGGGCCAGAGCGGGAGCCGCGGGUCUCGAGAGGUGUUCUGGGAGUUCUGCGAAAGACGAGGGUGCACAAAGGAAGAAGACGCACGCGACUCAGAGAUGAAAAAGAGUAAGGAGAGACCACGAGCAGCCAAAGCGCGCAAGGCGAGUCAGGGGCGCGAAGCACGAGCUGGAGUCCAAACACCGACGCCGUUUGCUCUCUCUGCAUUUGCCACCGUUUCCACACGGCCGUCGCUGUCGCCGUGCCUCUGGCUGCCUCCGCACUCGUCCGGCUUUUCUCUCAAGAGGCGGGGCAGUCGCUUUCCUCGGGAAUCGCUGUCGUGCUCGUCUCGCGCCCUCGCCGGCCAAAGCGAACCAGAAAGAAAACGCGCCAGCUUCGGUCCUCCCCCAGCGCUCGCCCCGCGGGCGGCAGCGUGGGAAAGGUCGCGAAACCCGCGCGAGGCAGGCGCAAACGAAGGCGCCGAGGCGCCGUGUGGACCAGCAGAGGCCGGCAGAGUCCAGCCUUCGGCUGCAGCUGAUCGCGCUGCGCGAGGUGUCCGUAGACCACAGGGCGACCGGGGAGCGCGACGGAGACGCUCGGAACGCGGCGAAACGCGGCUCUCUCCUCUGUCUCCCUUGGAGGUCUGCGAUGUCACAGAGCCGCUCCGAGCUGUUCCUGCCGCGCUGGAGUCUCAAGACACCGGCCGGGAAGAGGAGCGGAGGAGCCCUCGCCUCGGUGCGCGCGCGGGCCUUGAAGAAGAGCGGAGCAGAACACCGGUCGGCUGGUCUGCGACGGCGCGAAGCGGAGAGGACGAGGCGGCGCGGCGCCGAAGCAGAAGAACGCACGAGAGGAGACAGGAGCGGAGACGCCGCGUCGACCACACAAAGACCUGGGCCUCUCUCCAGAGGAGACCGCGCGAAGAGACGGAAGAGGACGAGAAGAUAAGCCACGGAGCCGAAGGCGGUUGGAGGGAGAGGGCGCGAUUUGUGCCGCAUCGCACAAACACCCGCUCCGAGCACCGCGGGGGUUCCUUCGUUCUGGAGACCUCGGAGUAUGCAAAAACCAUCAUUGGCCGCAUAAAGAGACGCCUCGACGGUCAGGAACUCUCCCCCUCGCACCUCCUAGUGCAGUCCUUCCGCCUCUACUGCGAAUCGCGGCGCGACUGCACCGAAGAAGAGGAAGAAGGAGAAGAAGGAGACGACGGAGAGGGAGACGCCAAGGCCAGGGAGGGCGAGGAGACAGCGCGUGGGGCGCCUUGGCCUCCGCUUUCGGCGAGUCGCUCGUAUUCUGUCUUUCGGACACCGGCGCUGGAUCGGGGAAAGACGGACGGAGCGAAUCAGGUCGUCUGCGCGCGAAGCAGUCGCGCGAAGGCCGAAGCGGAGGGACGCGCUGGCGGGCUGUGGCCAGAUGCACAGAUGCCGAAGCGGCAGCGCACAGAGGCGAGCGGCGACGAGGGCGAUGGAGACGAGGAAGGCCUCGAGAAGGCGCUAACCAGGACAUGGAAGGACGAAGACGGCAACGCGAUUCUACGACUGCCCUUCCACGUGGACUGGCUAGCGAGCUUCGCCUCGCUGCUUGACGCGAGUCUGAGCGUCACCGAAUGCCGCGUCCUCCUCAGUUACUUGAACGCGAAGCGCCAGCGCCGGAGACACUCGACAGGCCUGCCGCGCGCGGCCUCGCGCCCCGAGCGCCCGUCGCUGUCUCCGCCCGCCUGGCCUAAGGCCGGGACUGCCUUGUCUCCGUCCCUGGGUCCACCUCGCUCUCGCCCCGCCCUUCUCGCGCCGCCGGUGCACGACCCCCACGCGCAUGCGCUCCAUGCCUCGGAGACACCACUCAGUCGCUGGGCGCUUCGCGGAGGUGACGCGGGGGCGGCUUCUCCAGUCCUCGCCGCCCAGGACUUCCUCGACGCAGUCGCUGGAGACACUGCCAGUCGCGCGUACUUUCGAGAGACCAUGGACUGGGCAGCGCGCGUCCUCGCCUCCUCGCCGGAGGCGCUCGGGCGCCCCGCCGCAGGCGCCUCCCGAGGCGGGGCCGAGUGCGCGAGGAGACAGAGACAGGCCGCAGACCCAGCAAGAGACGGCGAAGAAAACAGAGGAGAGCAAGACGGAGAGGAAGAGGCUGCGAGAGAAGAGGAAGGCGCGAGUUACCGGGCGGGGUCGAGGACGUUGAACCUGCCGCUUCUGAGCGCCUUUAUCCAAUUCGACAGUCACAAGCUUCGCUGCAUAUCGAGGCAGCAUUUUCGGACCGUGCUUCAUCUCUACUUCCCGAAGUUGUCGUCCAUCCAACUUGAUCGCCUGUAUCAACUCUCGGAGAAGGCGCCCUCCGGAUUUGUGCGCUACGAGCGCUGGCUCACCACCAUGGCCGCGCACGCAGCAGGUUCCAAGCGAGGAGCGUCGAGAUUGCCGUCGUCGCCUCUGACGCUCCAUACCCCCUCGAGACGAUCUCUGUCUCCAGGCACGCCUGGAUCGGUCUCGCCUUCGUCGCCAAGGUCCGGCUCUGCGUGUCCACGUUCCUCUUCUUGCGCCGUCUCCCUGCCUGUCUUCUUUCCUGUCUCCCUUCCCGAUGCGCCUGCCUCAGCGCCCGCCCUCUCGACCGCCUCGGUGGCUUCGCCGUCUGCGUCGUCGCGCGCGAGUCGCCUGAGUCGAAGUUCGCGCAGCCCCGUUUCCGGCGAACGAGGAGAGAAACGCGGCCUUCGCGCGAAUCCCCCAAACCCCCCAGAGGCAGCAGGCGAACAGGCGACGGGGGCGAAAGACAAAGAACGAGGGAAGAGAGCGUGCGGGGGCGGCGCGACGGAGAUCAUGCAAGGUGUUGAGAGGUUGGACACGAGAGCCGAAAAGAGCAGAGAGAAGGCAGAAACCGGACUGGAAGGAGACAGCAAAGGGCGAGAGAGACAGGCCUGGCCGGUGACCGCUGAGUCCCCCUCUCGACAACUGUCGCUUUCUCUGACCAAGUCGCCGCGUCUGCUCGUUCGCGUCCUCCCUCCUCCUGCCUCUCUCCCUUCGUCUUCUCCGUGCUCGGCUUUCCCCCCUUCCUCGCCUGUGGCGUCCUCCGGCGCCUCCUCUUCAUCGCUCUCCAACGCCAAGUUGUCUUUGGCCUCCACCUCCGGCAAGGAGUUUCGUCCACAGCGUCUGUCGCUUUCCGCGUCCCCGUUGGCCGUUGCCCAGAGAUCCGCAGUCUGCGGCUCGCCUCUCUCGCGCUCUCGUCCAGCGUCUCUCUCCUUUGCGCUAAACAGAGCGGAAGAAAGCGAGGAGGCUGGUGCCGCGAUUUCCGCUACGUCCUCGCUCGCCAGUGCCCGGAGGGAGAAGCAGGAGGAGCAGGGGCGGAAGACGAGCAGACCGACCAGAGACAAUGCACCCGCGGCCAGCCGCGAAAGAGGGCGGGUUGCCGAACGAAGAGACGCAGACGCGGAAACCGCAGACGCAGAAGGCUCACAAAACAGGCAGAGAAGACCUGCCUUGAAUCUGCUGGCGUCACUCGUUGCGCGCACGAGAGACGGGGAGGAAAAAGCAAAAGACGAAAGGGAAAACGGAGACGACAGCGGGAGACGAGAAGAGACGCAGUGUCCCCCCGACGCCACGCUGGGAGGUGUCUGUACGCCUGGGUUCGAUUCGCCAUCUUUCUACGGCGAAGACGGCACCCAAACGGGGUGCGCCAGACCGCACCUUUCUUCGCUCUUUCCCGACUCGCACGCAGCCCUGCUCACCACCACGGCGGCGCUGUGGUUCGAUGCCAGCGAAGAGGCCGACGCGGUGUCCGUGCACGCCGAGAAGAAGCUUACCGAGGAAGAAGACCACGAGAAGCCGCGUGCAGCGAGAGAAAUCCCUAACGAGGAGAAGCGCAGACUCGAAACCGACAAAACAGACGGAGUGGCCGAAGAGACGCGCGCGAAUCCUCUCUCGCCGGUCUCCACCGACGAGAGAGAUGCAGACACCCGAGAAGGAGGCGCUUUGCUGCGUCGCCCUCUCAGCGCUGGAGACCGCCCCGAGGUUUCGCAGGGAUGCUGCGAAGCAGCGCGUCGCCUCCUCCGUGGCGGGUUGUCUCCUCUUGUCUCUUCUCUGUCUGCGGCUGACCAGAGGUGGAAACACGCCGGAGGGUGUGGCCAGAGCUCAACAAGCUUAAACCGAUCUUGCGAGACGUCGAAGUUGCGUCGCGUCUCUCUGGCUUCUGGCGUCUCGUCUCCCUGGUCGUCCUCAGCACCUGGAGGGUGGUCGUCUCCCCCUUCCUCCCCUUUCUGCGCCGCUGCGCUCCAGAAAGAAACGCUUGCGCUACUCGAGUCAUCGCCCUCAGCUGCCUUUGCCUCGUCCCCGUCUCGUCUGUCCCUUACCCAGCCGCAUCCUCCGCCUCCCCGAGCAGCCCCGCACUCUCUUUGCCUCUCGGCUGGCCUCGGUUCGCACUCCCCGAAAGAGAGAGACUGGCUGUCUCCUCGCGACGCGAGAAAAGAGAGAGAAGAGAAAUCAAAGCGAAAAGAGAGCAAAGUGGAAGGAAAGAAAGGCGAGACGGUGUGUGGAAGAGACUUCACAAGGGAGAAGCGAGAAAUGGGCGUUCAAAGUUUACAUGAGAUCGGCCGCACGGAGAUCUACCUCCCGGUUUUGCCCUUGAGCUCAGUUUCGUCUGCUCCCUCCGAUUUCGCUUCGUUCGGCGAAGAACAAACAAAAAGCUUUUCUGAAGGCCACGCUCCGAAACCGUGUCACCCAGACCUGCUGCUGCGUCCGCAGCCCACGCCACGUAGCCCCGCCUCGGCCUCGCGCAGUGGAGGCGCACGGGAGACAGCCGCGCGGGAGACAGGCGCACGGGAGACAGGCGCACGGGAGACAGGCCGCAUCUCCUACACCGACACCAACGCCCCGAGAGGAGAGGCCAGCGCAGAAGAAAAGAUCCGUCGAGAAGCGAAGCUGCUCCUCGCACCUCAGAGAGGAGGAAGCGAUAGAGGAGGAGACCGCGGAGAAGAAGUGGUGCACGUAGAGAAUAUGAGCAAUGCGAAAGAGGCGUGCACAGCACAGCGCGAUCAAGGAAAGCAGACUCCAGCGCACUUUGUCCCGGCUGAAAGCGGGCGUCGCUCGUGCAUGCUGAGCGGAGGCCAGGAGGGCGCUGCAGGAGCGGAAAACGCAUCUGUGUCGUUUCUGUCGACGGUUUCGACUUCUGCUGCGUCUUCGCUCGGCGGAUCAGGACGCCUCGCGCAUCCGACAUCUUCUACAGCCUUGCCGUCUUCCUUCGUCUCCACGUCUCUCGCUUCCUCCUCCCCCUCGGCGUCUUCGCGUUCUCUUCGAGGCAGCCAUGCGUCUUCCUCGCCCCACUCUCGCUCGUCCUUGGCCUCUCCUGCGCCCUUCCCUCUUGCCUGUGCAUCGCCUUCCCUCGCUGCUUGCGGCGCGCCGUCUUCGGGAUCCCAUCUCCCGUCUCUCCUUCGGGCGUCUCCGCUCUCUUGUUCUCCGUCGCCCUUGCUCUUCUCGCCGCCUGCGCCUACACCAUCUUGCGCGUCUCUCCCAUCUUGCUCGUCUCCACUAACUUGCUUGUCUGUGUCUUCUCCGCGUCUGGUUUCAGUUUCCACGUUCUUUUCAGGGUCAGAGGUUACCACCUUCUGCAGCGCACCAUCCCCCGCUUCCACGCAGUUUCCAUGUCAGGCACCCUCUUCCUCUUCUUCUUCCUCGUCUUCUGUCUCGUCUUCUUCUUCAUCCCCGUCUUCCUUCUCUUCUUCUUUCUCGUCUUCCUCUUCUUCUUCUUCCUCGUCUUCUUCCGCGUCCUCCUCUUCUUCCCCUUGUUCGUUCCCUUCUUCUUUUUCGUCUUCCUCUUCGUUCUCUUGUUCUCUGGGGACUGCUCCGUUCCCCACGUCGAGCUCUUCCAGAGGCGAAAGAAGAGCGGCAGUACGCGAACGCGGAGAGCCUCCGGAGGUUGCCGAUGGCUUCAGCCCCCGCCUGCCUCCCCGCCUCCACAGCCACGCCCAAAGCGAGGUAGCCGACGCCCCGCUUUCGCCUUUCUUCGGGCAGCGUCAAAAUCGGGCUCGCCCUCCUCUGGGGGAAAAGCGAGACGGAGAGAUCUGUCCCCGCAAGUCGCUCUUUGAUCGCGACGUCGACGCUGGAGUCCUCGUGGCGCCAACGGAGUGGCGAACUUACCGCGACACCCGACCGCCUCCCCGUCGCAGGCACUCCGCCUUCAGCAUACUCUUUUCUUCCGAAUUUUCGGCCUUUCUCCGCUCGGCCUCGGGUUCGCCGUUCCGCACCCGAGGUAGCCGAACGCCGUCUCCGCGGCUCCUCGCCCCCAGGUUCCCUUCUGGUCACAAACGGACAGACACAGAAGAACAACGGCGAGCGCUAAGAAGGAGCGAAGUGAAGAAGGAUGACGGGAGGAAGAGCGAGGGGAGGACGAGCGAGCGGCGAAGCAGAGACGAAACCCGACCCGGAGAGAAGACGGGGAACGCGUCUGCGCCUCGUUCUACCGUGCGGCGAACCGGUGGAUGCCCCACAGUCGCCUUUGGCGCACAGGGGAGCCUUGCGGCAGCGCUUCGCGCGACGCAGGCGCUCGUUCACUGUCUCCAGCUGGAGAGGACCGCUGCAUGCAGACGCGUGACUGAUCAGUCUGGCAGUCUCGCCUAUCUUCAACAGAGAGAGUGCGAAACCGAUUCAGCUCUUGUCGGAGCGGUCACAGCCCUCGGCCUCGGAUGUCGUGUGCAGGACAACCUGCCGCGAGGCGUCUCGAAGACUUUCUCAAGAAAGCCAGAAAUCGCCCUCGGCGCUCCACCAAGACCGCCUGGCGAGGCAGCAGCCGAACUGCCGAAGUCGGGAGAAGCAGGGCCAGAGUGCGUACGCACCUGCGAGACGGAGGCGCUCCUCGGUGCAAAAACAGAGAGAGACGGGACGGUACUACCGUCGAGGCCGCACAGCGAAGAGGAAGAGAGAGAAGAAAGGAAAGAGACGCAGCACGGCGACGACAGAGAAGAUGAGAGAGAGGAAGAAACAGAGAGAGGAGAGACUGACGUGCACGAUCCGGUAGCUGAGAGUUUCCUAGAUGCGAUGGCUUUGCUUCAUGAGGCUCUUGACGAACUGCCAGAGAGAAGGCAUGCAGUAGCUUGUCUCGCGUCUACGUUCUUCCCUCCUCUUCGCAGUCGUCGCCUGUCUGCUCCCUCGACUUCCCUCUCGUCGCAGGCAGACAAACACUGCCUCCUGCGUUCUCCGGAGAGUCUGCCUCUCUCGUCUCCAUCGUCCUCUUUCGCUGCUACCUCUUCGACACGAGCCUCGCAGUUACCUCCUCCCUAUGCACCAGCCACCAAUGCGCCAAGGGACGGAUCGUCCGGUGCCAUCUUGUGCCGUUCCAGUUCCUUUUCUGCCUCUCCAUUCUCUCCUUCUUCACCUUCUUCGCCUGCGUCGUCUCCUCUUUCUUUUUCUCGCGCUGUGCCUGGAGAAGGAGAACUUUCGAAGGCGCGCGACGGCGAGCGCGAGGCCGCGAGAAGAGGCGACGAGCAGGAAGGGAGGCUAAGGAGAGAAGUUGCCAUUUGCGCUUCCUUCUCCUGGGGUGCGCGCUACGCGAGCUGCGCAGAGUUUUACUCUUCUCUCAUCAUGAAACUGUUUCAGUGGGUAUCCUUCCUCCUCCCCUUCCUCCAGGCGGGGACCUGGCGUCGUCCCGACGGCUGCAGCGCCGCGCCACGCUCGCCAGGAUCGCCCCGCCCUCACACGCACACGCGCCGCAGCAGAGACGAAAGAGACAAGAGGGACAGCAGAGACACCAGAGACCGAAGAGACAAAAGAGGCAGAGAGAGGCGCCAUGACCGAGAGGAAACGCAGGCAGGGCGAAGAGAACGUCGAAUUGGUUCGGAUAUCGAACACCUCCGUGAUGCCAUAGGGGGCUAUAGACGGCUCAUGGUUCUCAAAGAGCAAAUCUCAAGAGAGGCAGCUUUCGUCGCUUCGCUAGGCGCAGGUGGAAGCUUGCAAAAGGACUGGAGCGCCGCACGCGUGUUUAUGGAGACUGUCUGCAUGCGGAAAUACCAAGGGUGGAAACUGGAGAGGCAGAAGCCUCUGCAUCUCCUUCCAGGUGACGCCACCAAGGCACAGGAGGGGAGCCUUUCGUUCCCUCUCAAACAGACUCGAAUCCACAGGGAAGAGAUUCCGAUUUGA